CGUCGAUAUACAACUGUUUCUAUUGGUCGCGCCAGUGACACGUGAUCUCACCUAGCAGACGUGUUGCGAAAGGUUGUUGAUAUUUAUUCAAAAAGAAGAAUGAAUAUAUCAUCGUUUCUUAGAACAACACAAAUUUCAUUAACCCUACAUAGAAAUUUGAAUUGUUGGACAGCAGGAAUAACAAAAAAACAUAGAAAACUGUAUCCACGUGACUACCUUACUUAUCUUGUCUUACCACACGGUGGUAGUAUUCGAAUUGAAUAUGAUACACCUAGAAAGAUAAUCCGUCUCCCUCUUGAUCUUGAGACUCUCACAGAAGAACAACGUAAACAAAGGAUGGAAGACCGUAAAAUUUACACAAAAGCUAAGAUAGUCGAAGAAUAUCAGGAUGAAUUUGAUGAGAGUCAAUUUUUCAAUCCUUCCAAAGGUAGAAAAUAGUCCUAUUAUUCUAUGAACACUCUACAUUAUACAAAACUAAUAUUAUAUUGUUAUGUGGAAAACACUGAUAUUUAUAUUCACUUUUGACAAUUACAAUUGUAAUAAUAAGAUAGCAAGCAUUUAAAAUAAAUAUGUUUGUGCAUGUAAAA